UUCUCGGCCGUUUGUCCGGAAGCGCAAAAAGCGUUCGGGUUCUGCAUCCUCUCUGCUGUGGGGAAUUUCGUGCAGGAGGAGCGGCCCCGCCUCUGAACGGCUCGAGGCUGAUGGGCUCUGAGAGGCCGGUGUGUGCGGGGCAGCCCGGCCAAUGCACGGCGUGGGCUGAGGGGCCCUUCUGACCCGUUCUGUGAAUUCAGCCUGGCUGCAGCAAGGUGUUCUGACACACCUUCAAUCUUACACGUUGAGAUCUGUGGGUUCUGGGCUUUGUACAGAGCCUUACUUUCUGUGAUGCCCAGAAGUUCACUGUUUGAUUCGUUUUCUUGUGUUUGUGGAUGCUGGAGGCUUUUGAAAAAUGGAGUCAGAUUGGUUAGAUACUGAUUUUCUAUCCCUUGAUUGGCCCUGUGGUCAUCUGUUCCACUUUACUCCAUCUUUCUAGCACAGCUUUACCCAGGCACAGCUUCUGUCGUAGGGUUCACACAGUUAUGGCUGUUUAUUACCUACGGAUCUGUCAGCAAGGCUGCGAGUGUGCAGGUGGUGCAUGUUCAACAUCUAGAAAUGCACGAUGCUCUUUGUAUAUUCAGGUGGGGUGAGUGGAGUUCCUGUCAUUCUGCAGAUACGGAGUACAGCUGAAUGGUACAGCUCCCUGCGAGGACAGGCUGAGCUGAGACUGUGCAGCAUGGGGAGGAGAAGGCUGUGGGGAGAGCUGAGAGCAGCACUUGAGUAUCUAAAGGAGCUGUAAGAAAGAAGGGGACAGACUCUUCAGCAGGAGAGUGAUGGGACAAGGGGAAUUGGUUUCAUACUGGAAGAUUUAGACUGGAUAUAAGGAUAAAGUUUAUUUACAGUAAGGGCGGUGAGGAGCUGCACAGGUUGCCCAGAGAGGUGGUGGUUCCCCAUCCCUGCAAACACCCGAGGUCAGAGGAUGGGGCUGAUCACCUGGUUACUCUGGGUGUCCCUAUGCACUGCGGGGGUUGGACUGGAUGAACUUUAAAGGUCGAUUCUGAGUCUGAGUUUCUUUGAUGUAACAUAAAUCCAUCUGAUGGAUUCUUCACGAGUAAUCAGAACAAAUUUCUUUAUCCAAAGCUAAUACACAACAGCUCGGUGCAGCGAGUGCAUUUAUUUCCUGCAGUCUUGGGACUGUAGCAAAAUGAAGAAAUUUGAAAGGAGAUUAAAGCCUGUCAAGGUCCGUGUUAUUCAACUACUGCCUCGGCCUGAGAUGCAUGCAGCUGGACAGUCUGUUGCUCACCCAUCUGUCAGGCAGUUUCAGGACAGAUGUGAUGACAGUCUGGAUCAAGUUGGGUAUGCCCAGAGUCAGGGAAGAAGGUUAAAAGAAUUCCAAAUCAGUUACCUAGAAAGGAAGUUCUUCUAUCUCUGGGCAAAAAGGACAUUUGGACAAGUUCUCCCUUCCAAAGCCAGAUGCCUGUAUGAGCAGCAGAUCCUUCAAAAAACUUUCAGAGCGUGGAGGGAAUGGUGGACUGUCUGCAGAGAAAGACAGCUCAGCCUCAGAGCAGACAGCCAUUACAGGCACUUGCUCCACAGUUUGAUAUUCAGGGCUUGGAAAGCCUACGUAUUCCAGCAACGGGGAAAGAGGAACAAAUAUUAUGUUGCAGAGUCUCAUGGUAAGUGUAAAAGGGGCAGUAACUGCUUUUCUUUGGGGGCACACUGAGAUGGGAGCUGCCAAAGGGGAAAUAUUUGCACAGAACCUGUCCCUUGAAUGUGUUUGUGCAUUUAUCUCCUCCACCCUACAAAGAUGUAAUGCUUUCAGGUGCAGAUGGUUGUCUAAAACUGCCAGAGGGGUUUCUUUUGGUGCACUGUGUAAGGAUGUUGUUGAAUAAGCUUAAGGGCCUCUCCAUCUGGUCUGAAAUGCAUUUUUAUGUUUGUUUGGGUUUAAUUUUAUCACCUUAUCACAUUACCUAUUCAAACAGAUAUUUUUGACUAGAAUGUGUUAUUGGAAUUCUCUAUCAACUAUGGCAAUGGAAAUAAGACAUUGAUUCCCUGUGGUAUAACCUUAACUGUGCUUUUUUUUUCCUGAAUUCAUGAUUCCUUUCAGUUUCUGCUGUGCAGCAGAAAAGAAGCCCAAACUUCUGAAGUUCCUUUUGUCUUAUGAAGCUUCUUUGUUCUGCACUGGAUGCAGAUCCUACUGAUGAUCCUACUGAUGAAGUUGCUUCUAUUGGUUGCAAUUUCCUUCAGUGUCAGGGGAUGUUGUUCCUCUGGAAGGGAAGAUGACUUCCUUCUAAAGAUGUUACAGUGAUUUUUGUUCUGGGCCAAUUUGCAAGAUGUUAUUGUAUCUGUUUGAGUAUGAAUGUUGUCCCAGGAUACGAUAUAGACUGUUGUCUUGAGAAACAAACAAUAGACUGUCUGAAGUUCCUUUUUUUUCUGAGAUCAGAGUAAUUACAGAAGUAGCUGUAUGUUACUUAGUCAAAACAAUAGAAAAGUGACCUGUUUAAGGUAUGUGAAUGCUUGAUUCAUAAGAUGACAGAGAAAUCUUAGAAAAAAAAAGAGCAUUUUUGGGGGGGUGAAGUAGCAUAAAAUCAGUUGUUACAUUUUUUGCAUGAUUUUUUUCUAAUAAAUUUGCUUCAGUGGUAUCAGCUCUGACAAGCCAGAUUUUUGUAAGGAGGCAGAGCAGUGCACUGAUAGUGGUAAGCUGGAAUUUAUGACACUUCUGAUUGAGCUGCUCCACAGGCUGCUGAACA